CUAAAACCUUGUUUUUUUUUAAUUAUUUGGUUUUCUCGAAGAAGACGAGCUCCAGCUACGCCUCCGAAUUCAAAUUCUCAUCCGCAAUGCUUUAGCCACUGUUUCCGAAUCGUCUCUGCAUUUCCGUUGUUCGGGGAGAGGGAAGAAGGCGGAGGAGGAGGAGGAGGAGGAGGAGGAGGAGGAGGAUGGGACUCUGCACUUCGAAGCCUACUUCCCAAACCGAUCUCUCCUCUCCCACAUCCGGGCAAAGGGGAAUCGCCGUCGCUAAUGGCGUGGUCCCGUCCAAGGACGAGCGGAACCCUAAUUCGAGCUCCGUCAAUGGCGGCGACCCCGGCAACCACGUCCCUAAGGAGGAGUCCGGGGGUGACAAGAAGGAAGGCGACGAGAACGGGAGGAAGUCGCCCUUCUUCCCGUUCUACAGCCCUAGCCCGGGGCACUACUUCUUCUCGAAGAAGUCUCCGGCGCGAUCUCCGGCCAACGCUAGCGCGAAUUCCACGCCCAAGCGGUUCUUCAAGCGGCCGUUCCCCCCGCCGUCGCCGGCGAAGCACAUUAAGGCCGCGCUCGCGCUGCGGCGCGGAGGGACGGUGAAGCCGAACGAGGCGGCGAUCCCGGAAGGGAGCGAGGUGGGGGCCGAGGGGCGGGUGACCGGGCUCGACAAGAGCUUCGGGUUCUCGAAGAACUUCGGGAGCAAGUUUGAGCUUGGGGACGAGGUUGGGAGAGGGCAUUUUGGGUAUACUUGCUACGCAAGGUCCAAGAAGGGUGAACUUAAGGGUCAACAGGUUGCUGUGAAAGUCAUACCAAAAGCCAAGAUGACGACAGCGAUUGCUAUUGAGGAUGUGAGAAGGGAGGUCAAAAUAUUGAGAGCUUUGACUGGACAUGACAAUCUAGUGCAGUUUUAUGACGCAUGCGAAGACCAUGAUAAUGUCUAUAUUGUAAUGGAGUUAUGUGAAGGAGGGGAACUCUUGGAUAGAAUACUUUCGAGGGGCGGGAAGUACUCGGAGGAUGAUGCAAAAGCUGUUUUGAUACAAAUACUAAAUGUUGUUGCUUUUUGCCACCUGCAAGGCGUGGUGCAUCGGGAUUUGAAACCCGAGAAUUUUCUAUUCUCAUCGAAGGAUGAAAGCUCAACAUUGAAGGCCAUAGAUUUUGGUUUGUCAGAUUUUGUGAGACCAGAUGAAAGGCUAAAUGAUAUUGUUGGUAGUGCAUACUAUGUAGCUCCUGAAGUUCUCCAUAGAGCUUACACUAGCGAGGCAGAUGUCUGGAGCAUAGGCGUAAUUGCAUAUAUUCUGCUCUGUGGCAGUCGUCCUUUUUGGGCCCGAAGUGAGUCCGGAAUCUUUCGAGCUGUUCUAAAAGCUGAUCCAAGUUUUGAUGAACAACCUUGGCCUUCUCUAUCCUCUGAGGCAAGAGACUUCGUGAAGCACUUAUUAAUUAAAGAUCCCAGGAAAAGGAUGACAGCUGCUCAAGCUCUAAGCCAUCCGUGGAUAAAGAAUUAUAAAGAUAUCAAAGUGCCUCUUGAUAUUCUUAUAUUCAAACUCAUGAAAACAUAUAUGCGUUCAACCGCACUCAGGAGAGCUGCUUUAAGGGCUUUAUCCAAAACAUUGACUGGAGAUGAGCUAUUUUAUCUGAACGAGCAGUUUGCUCUAUUUGAACCAAACAAGAACGGUACCAUAGGAUUUGAAAACAUUAAAAUGGCCUUGAUGAGGAAUGCAACGGAUGCUAUGAAAGAAUCUCGUGUCCCAGAUUUCUUGACAUCACUUAGUGCACUUCAAUAUAGGAGGAUGGAUUUUGAAGAGUUUUGUGCAGCUACUCUAAGCGUCCAUCAACUUGAAGCUCUUGAUAGAUGGGAACAACUUGCUCGUUCUGCCUAUGAAAUUUUUGAAAAAGAAGGAAACCGGGCUAUUGUCAUUGAUGAGUUGGCUUCGGAACUAGGUGUGAGCAGUUCAGUCCCUGUGUAUGCUGUACUCCACGAUUGGAUCAGACACACGGAUGGAAAGUUGAGCUUCCAUGGCUUUUUGAAAUUGUUGCAUGGCAUCUCAAGUCGAAGUCUGGCAAAAGCUUCGUAAGCAGAUAUAAAUUUUUAAGUUCAAAGCCUGCAUGUCCAUACCUGAGGAUUCCUGUGACAGAGUAAUGGUCCUGCAGAUAGGAAAUGCACGCCGCUCCUUGUGUAUUGGAAGAUGCAUACGGUUUGGCGGUGGUUGACCCGAUUGGACAGAAGCAUUUUUUCGGUCUUAGAUGCAAUGAGUGUGCAUAACCAGAAAUAUAUUACUGAUGUCGUACGGAAAUGAAGCUUAGGCAUUUGUGUUUUCUUCUUGUAAAGAGCUAGCCAAGUGUGUCAAAUUGCAGGCUCGUAGUAUUUCUCAAAGUCAACUGGCUCAUAGAAGAACUGAUUGUUAACUGAUUUUCUGACAUAUUAGACUGCGCUGACUUUACCAACAA